UCUAAUGUAGCAGCGUAACCCCAGCCGCGGCGGCAGCAUGGCAGACGAUCUUGGAGACGAAUGGUGGUUGGAUACCGACAAAACUGGAGGACAAGAUAUAGAAAUAGAUGCCACGCCUGGAACCUUACAAGAACUCAAGAAAACAUCAAGUCUAACAAAGGCAAAUAAAGAACUAAACAAAAGGAAACACCCUCCAACUUCAGCAGAAACAGAAGAUGGAGAAAAGUCAAAGAAAGCAAAGAAAAAACGAAAGAAGAAAAAUUUGAGCUCUCAUUUAGCAUCAAGAGGUGACCAGCCAGGAACAAAAGAUGAUUUACAAGUAUCCAUGGCAACAUACUUCCAUGAGAAAUUAUCAACCAUUGAAAUGGAAGAACUUAUUCUUGAUGACGACUGCUUUCUGCAGCUCAACGGUGACGGUGCUCCUGUAUCAGAGUAUUUAUCAAGGAGAAUACCCACAUGGACGGACAUGGUUGAUGAACAUAAGAAGGAGAAGACACCAAACCAUUCUUGUAUCGUCCUGCUUCUCACCUCUAGUGCUAAAAGGGCAGUAGAUCUGAAUAGAGAUACGCAGGCCUUCAAGGGGACUUGUGUCACAGCGAAGCUCUUUGCCAAACAUUUACGAAUCAGUGAGCAAGUGAAAUACCUUCAGAGUCACAGAGUCCAGUUUGCCGUGGCAACGCCUCAUAGAGUCUCCAGUCUUCUUGAAUCAGGAUCAUUUAAUGUAGAUGAUAUGAAAUACGUCAUCCUGGAUUGGAACUGGCGGGAUGCUAAGCUCAGAAAGUUUGUGGAUAUCCCGGAAUUGAGGAAAGACCUCUUUGAUUUGUUGAGAAAACAUUUAGUACCGGCAGCCAACAAGGGACAACUCCGCUUUGGAUUAUUUUAAAGGGGCACUCUUGGAAAGCAUUCUAUCAUCUUUUUUUGUCAGACAAGUAGUCAGAUUUGACAACCUACCUUUGUCUACUCUUUGAUUGGCUGAGUGCACUCUUUGGUAACUGUCCGAAAAAACAUCUGACAAGUCCUAUCUUGAAACGUUCCCCACGACCUUACGGCAUGCGCCUGUAAUCCAAGCUAUAUGUUGAUACAGAGGUUUGAGGUACCAGCCUUAGUCACUUCUACAGAUGUUAACAUCUAAGAUCGGUCCCUGACGUAAAUAUUCCUAUCUGAUUACAUGUCUGUGAAGUUACAACACACACAUGGUAUAGGUGAAUUGAUCACUGUGCUGCAUCUUCCAGUCUUUAUCAGGUUGUUGAGGAAGGAUAUGAAUGUACGUCAAGUUUAGAAGGUUUACUGCUAGGUAUUACUCCCCAGAUGCCUAGAGAUACAAAAUAUGGCAUGAAACAGGUAAUGCUUUUAUAAAUAUUCAAAAUCAGAAUAUAAGGAAAUAUGGUUUUAACUCUUUUAUUUGGUAAAAAUGUCAGACUAACUUCUAACAAAAGUCGUAUGAAAGUAACCCUAAUGGUCCCAAGGGAUGGGGAGGGAGGGGGGGGGGGGAUAAUGCGCAAUGAGUCUAUAAUGUAGAAAACUAAUUUCACAAGUUUUCAUGGCUUUUACAGCCAAAUUCUAAAAUCAUGCAUAAAUCAGCAUUAUAAUCAAUUCAUAUAAAAUGUAAAGAUAAGAUGUAUUAGUAAAAUUUAGCUAUGCAACUUGUAGAUUAAGCCAUCACCUACCAUCAUGCAAUUUAUUUCUAUGACCAUGCAAUGCUUGGGCAAGAUCGGGGGGGGGGGGGGGGUGGGGGAGUAAAGUAUACCCAUGGAUUAUCAUAUCCAAUAAUUGUUGAAAUGCUUAGAUUUUAUGCUCAUGUGAUUUAUUACAAAUUGGAUUGCAGCAAUUGCACAGUGUGAGACAAUCUCACUAUGAAAAGAUGCUAACAAUGCUCUAAAUGGGACUGCCAUUGUUUUGACAUCCUAUCCUAGGGAUAAGGUGUUCUACUUUGCACAUGGCUUGCUUUAGAUACAAUUUUAAGAAUUUAAUUUUUGAAAAUUAGAUUAUUUCUUACUAGAUUACUAUAUUCAGUCAAGUAAUUUACAUGAAUUCUCAUACAUUUGAAGAGAAUUGUGUCAGUUUUAUUAGAGUAUUAAAGUAUACCAGAAUAAGGUCCCUAUAAGUAUGACAUAGUGAUACUAAGGAUUACAUGGUUUUCACAGACUUUACAAUAACAGUUGGUUGUACACAUACAAUAGAUUCAAUUGCUUUCUGUACAUGACCUGGUUAUAAGAAAGUACAAAACUAAUAUUUAAAAAUCUGAAUUAAGUUUCUUUAGUAGUGCAACAUUUUUUAUUGACUUGAACGAGUAAAUAUAACAACAAUAAAUUUCUUCAUUUAGA